UGAAGUCGAUGGUUGAGUGAGAAUAAGUGUGUGUGUGUUGUAUGAACUAGUGAAUACCUUGACUACGGCAACCGAAGUGCGUCCGUAUAUAUUACCUGUUGAUGGUCUUUAGCACAGCUCAGUCUGCAACCGAAAGUCGACGCGUCGAUCUCUCCGAAGAGAACAUCGCUUUCGAAAAGAAAGAGGAAAAGAAAAAAAAACAUCAUCAUCAGCAGCAACAUUUUGUUGACCCUUCCCAUCGCAUCAAUUGCAAUCGCUUCAUGUGAAUCGGACGACCAAGUGCAGAAUACAAAUUAUAACUAUCGUCUCAAAUAUCUCUUUAUUUACAAGCAUGAAGAUAACCUUCGGCCUCGUGCUGCUCUCCGUGGCAUUGGUUAAUUCCCAAAGUUGUCUAACGCCGAACGACAACAGACCUCCGAAUCCGAACAGCAAGAGUGGUUUAUACAAUGGCCAGCAGGAGUUCUCUCUGGCCCUUCUUCAGGCCAUCAACCAACUCAACCCGGAUGCCAACCUGUUCUUCUCGCCCUACAGCACGUACCACGCUCUUCUCCUGGCUUACUUCAUCUCCGGGAGUCAAACGGAAGGAUACUUGAGGAAAGCGCUGAAACUGAAUCAACAUCAGGACAAGGCCGAUGUAUUCAACGCGUACAAAUUGGACAAAUUCGCGACGCAAUUGCGUUCCAAGAAUGCCUCCUACGAGUUCUCAAACGCCAACCGGAUAUACGUGGACAAGAGCGUUGAAGUGAGGUCGUGCAUGAGUCCAUUGUUCUUGGACGAGUUGCAAAGCGUCGAUUUCCAGAAGGAUCCGGAGGUCGCUCGCAUGGGCAUCAAUUCGUGGGUCGAAGCUCAAACUAGGGACAUGAUCAAGGAUUUGCUUCCCGGAGGAACUAUCGAUCAAAACACCGAUCUGGUCUUGGUCAAUGCUGCUUACUUCAAGGGUAUUUGGGAGAACAAAUUCGAUCCGGCACUGACUAAACCCGAUGUCUUCCACAUCACCCCGAGCAAAAGAACCUUUGUUGAUAUGAUGCAUGUGGAAGGAACCUUCAAUCAUGACGUCUCCGAGGAUUUGAUGGCUCACAUCUUGGAACUGCCUUACCAAGGCGGCGAUAUAAGCAUGUACAUUUUGUUGCCACCCUUCGCCAAAGAAGACGGAAUCCCCACAAUCCUGAAACGCCUCACCUUGGAACGUUUCAAGAGCAUCGUCGAUGAGAACAGCUCUUUGUCAGCCAGAACCGUCCAAGUAUCUGUACCCAAAUUCAGUUUGGAGCACACCAUUCAGAUGGUCCCGAUCUUGGAAGCUUUAGGUGUCGGCAAUUUGUUUACGUCCUCUAGCGACUUCUCCACUCUGACCAACAGCAACGUUUCCCUCGGAGAUGCUUUCCACAAGGCUAAAAUUGAGGUGACCGAGGAGGGAACGAAAGCUGCUGCGGCGACGGUCCUCUUCACUUUCAGGUCGAGCCGACCUGCAGAACCAGCCCAAUUCAACUGCAACCAUCCGUUCGUUUACGUGAUCUACGACAAAGUAGAAAAGGCCCUUCUAUUCACGGGCGUCUUCAGGAGACCUUACUAAUCCAAUAGAAGAAGUAAAAAAAGAACACGAUAGAUAUCCAGAUUCUCGCAACAAGGAAUCCUCUUUAUUUUUUCUUGUACAUAAUUUGUUUUUAACUUCUUCCAUUAUUAUUUUUUUUUGUAAUGUUAGUUUCUAUUCUGUUAGAUACACUAUUUAAUGACGAUUAUAUCAAAUAAAACAUGAUAAUUAUUUAUUUAA